AUAGAAAAGAGGUAUUAUUUUGGUUUAAAAGACGAUUUUAUCUGAGUAAUUACGUAUAGACAAUAAUAUAUUGCUUCCAAAUUUUGAAUUUUUUUUCUUCUUGCUUUAAAUCGUGGCAUAGUUUUAUGAUUAAAUGGACUAUUACCAUGUUAAAGGUAGCUAGAACCAGCGGGAAUGCGCAAUAAAUAUAUCAUACAUAGCAGAUGAAGCAUGCUGAACUAUUCCGAGACAGACAGAGAAACAGGAAGUCCUAACAACCGGGAAAAUCUGUUUGUUCAUCGUUUCUAUGGUAACAGCAACAUGGCUCUACCAACAGACAUUAAAAUGUCCACGUCGGCAACAUUUUGGAAGUCCCCGUAUGCGGGAGACGGCGGAUUAAGCGGGGCUUCUCGAGGGAUCUGCAUGAAGCCGGUUAUAUCGGUCAUGUCCCCUAAAAACAGGCCGAAAACUUCGGUUGAUGAUACAUCCAAAUUGACAGUGAAAAGUAUAUUAAAGCAUAGGGCGAAUACCGAAAUUAAUUUAGACAAUAUAUAUACCAAGCCUGAGUUUCAUUCUCAGCCAAGUCCGGAACCUCAACCGAAUCUCAUCACCACAGGGACGGGUAAAGGCAGACCACAUGGGUCAUCUGUGAGAGCAAAACCGGCUGGAAAACGAGUGCAAUUUAAUGGAAUUGUAAACCAAAACAGUUUGGAUAUGAAACGAACUUCCUUUAAUAUGAAUUCUCCCAUUGCGCAACUUCCGGGUAGAAGAUUAUUUCUGGACAGGCAAACUUCCACCCGUAUAUUAGGUUUACCGAAUCGUUCGGGGAAUCGUUGGCAGAUUCACAAUCAAAACAACAAUACUACUGUUGCCACACUCAGUAACGGGGAAGCAAAUAUUAAAUACCAAAUAAAUGCAUUUAUAAGAAAACUAAAAUUAGCUGAGAGCGAGAAACAUUCGAAAGCGGAAACUGAAACAAAAACUAAUGUAUCGGAUCAAAAUCCACAGAGGCAAACUGCCGCAAAGCUGAGAAAAUCUAGAUCGUUCUCUGGGACUACUUCACGACCAGACUGGAAUGAAUACGACUUGGAUAAAAUUGACUUAAAUGUUAAUCGUUCAAAUGACGGUGAUUCGUGCCAUAUAAAUGAAGCAGAAACUGUUCCGUCUAUUGUCUACAAUGCGAAAAGCAGAAGCAUGUCGUCUGGUUCGAUUUCAAUUGAAAGUUUCAGUUCUGUCAAUGAAGACCAAAUAGUAGAACGGACGCCAGGUGGCGCCAAGGUAUUCCGUCCUAGACCUAACGCUUCUUUAUACACAAAAUACAGACAUAUAACAGCAAAUGACAACGUGAACAAGUAUGGAUGUAGACCAAAUAGUGGCAUAGACUGUAGAGGGAAACCUUCCGUAAAUUUCUGUGAUAGUAGGAAAACCAGUCAAAUUUUGGGAUGGCUGGAGGAAGUCCGGUGUGCACAGUCUACUCAACUUCCGCCAGAUUCACCUACAUAGAAAUCGUAUUUUAAAGCGAGAUCAACGUGUUUGCCAUAUUAUCGCAUAAAGUUUUCAGUUAUAAUGAAUUAAAACGAUAAAAAUGUUUUAUAUUAAACUAAAGUCUUAGCUUAUUUCAUGCAGAUGUUAUAUUCGUCACGAGGAUUUGAAAAAUCGUG